AUGUACUACAACGCGUCUCCAGCACUUUCGAAACGCAAUGUCCGUGGGCUGUCUCCUCCUGAUUGGAGCCUCUCAGUGUUCAGCACUCCAGGCGUCAGCAGGAAGCCCAGCAGAGCCAGCACGAUGUUCACCAUGUCCACCAAGUCCAACCCUCCACCCAAAGUCCCCCAACCAGAGAGACUUGAUCAAGUCUAUGAGGCGCUGAAAAAAGGCCUUCACUCUUACCUACAGGUCCAUCAGAUGGACUCGGACAGCCUCAGCCGACAGAUGAAAGAAUCAAAGAGGAACUCCAGACUGGGUUUCCUGUAUGAGCUGGACAAGCAAGUGAAGGUGACAGAACGGUACAUCCGACGACUGGAGUUCCACCUCAGCAAGGUAAGACCACCACGAUCUCAGUUAAUACCUCGCCACAGCAGUUAA